AUGCAACUUCGUCUCUUCAAGCUUCUCAGCAGACAAAACAGUCAAUUAGCUGUUAAUCAUAUCGCUUCAUCGUCUUCAAGCAAUCCCAAUACUAAUACGAUCAUUCUUGAAGUCAAUCUGAUAUCAGCUCAGAACCUGCCUCAAACCAAAUGCUCCAAGAUCGAAACCUUCGUUGUUGCAUAUAUAAACCCUAAGCAGAAGCUUAUAUCGAGGGUUGAUACAACUGGUAACUUCAACCCAACGUGGAAUGAUAAAUUGAUGUUUAAAAUUGAUUCUUCUUUGAUUUCGAAGAGACCAAAUGCAUGCAUGGUUUUUGAAAUCUAUCGAGCAAGAUCAUCUUCUGGUCAUCUAUUAUCCAAGAAAAAAGAAGAAAAGAUUGGGGUUGCUAAUGUGUUAUUGCAAAACCUGAUAUGUGAGGAUAAAUUUACUGAUUUGAAGGCCAUUAAUGUUCAUACUGCUUCUGAUCAGGCAAAGUGCUUUGCUUUUAAAGUUGAUGAUGAUUCUGCAUACAGCGAUGAGCCUCAAGCAAUCUUGAAUAUCGGAGUGGUUAGAUUGGAUGGUAAAUUUUUGAAUAUUAUUAGUGGUUUGGAUUAUAGAAAAUUAAUGGGUAGUAAUGAAAAGUGA